AUUGUGCUUCAAGUUUGUUGUGUUGACAUCCAUCAGCCAUGAAGCUGUUUUCUCUGCUUUUUCUUUCCAUCUCUGAUGCACUCAGUGGGGGGGGCGAGCCCGGCCGGACUGGGCUCGUUUAGCUUCAUGUGAUCUGACAGGGAGGAGUCCUGCUGAAGAAAAAACUAGUUUCCCAACAUCCUGGCUGCAGCAUUGGGGAGCUGACCUUCCCUCUCGGCUCACAGAGCUGCAGGCUUGUUUCUCUCCUUGUGGGAUAUUUUCAUCACUUCUAUGGUUGUUUGGAUUCUGAGGCACUGCAGACCCAAUCGUCAUGGGAGACACUCAGUCGGCGCAACGGGAGGCAAAAAGCGAUGCAGCAGUGGAGGAGGAAGAGAGAGAAGUGAUCGAUGCUGAACCUGAACAAAACCUAUCUGAUAAGGUUCUCAGAACAAACGGGCAGCUCUCGGAGAUCCACAGAAAAGCAGAAAACUCAACAGCAGGGUUUAAUGAUCUCUGUGAGGACGAGAUUGCAGUGGAAGCUGUCUCUGCAGACACAGAUGCUUCAGAUCUACCAACAAACCAAGAAACACCAGCAGAGACUGAGCUGCCGGGUGAAGCUGAUCAAGUUGGACCACAAGAAACGAUCAAAGUGGACGCCAAGCAGAACGAUGUUAAUGAAAGUUUUAGGAAGUUUUUCAGCAACAUUGGCCUAAAAGUCACAGUAAAGAGAGGCUCUGCUGACAGCGAUGAAAUAACACGACACGAGCCUGAGGAGGAGCAGAAGCAAUCGGAGGACAUCAAGGAUUCUUCACCUGAAGUAACAGCAGAGAACCAUCAACAGGAUCUGAACACAGCACGGGAGGCUGGUGAUGAUGACUCAACAACCUACAAGACACUGACAGACGUUACGCCUCCAGAGGAGGAAACAACAGGGACCAAGGAGAAGGAUGCAGGAACAGCUUCACCAGCCAGUGAGGACGUUGCACCUGAAGAGGAAGCACGUCCAUCGUCUCCCACUAGUCCAGAUGAGAAGGAGAUUGCUACCCAGUUUAAAAAGUUUUUCACAACUGGAAUCUUCUCUAGCUUUCGAAAGAAAAAGAGCCUCGUAGACGAUAGCAUACCCGGGAAAGAGCUGUUAGACAUGGGGGAGAACGUGACUGCCGAGUCAACAGACCAAGGUCAGCAACCAAAUGCAGAGGAGAAGGUUCCUCCUGCUACUGAAGGAGCCACAGCUGAAAAACACCAACAGGAGAACCUUACAGAUGAAGCUAAACCUGCUUCCAUAGCUGUGAACGAAAUACCGAACUCUCAAGAAAAGGACAGAGUUCAAGCCAGUCCCCUGAAAAGGCUCCUGUCUGGCUCCAGUUUAAAGAAGCUCUCCAAAAAGCAGAGAAGCAGAAGGUCCAGUGAUGCAAAGCUGUCAGACUCUGGAGAACACAGUUCUGAUCACCUGCUGUCUUCUACUGAGUCAGCAGACAACCAGAAGGAGGAAACUCCAUCACAACCACCUGUUAAGGUAGUGGGUGGAGAAGACGGGGCAUGGGCUUCCUUCAAAAAACUUAUGACUCCUCAAAAACGUGUGAAGAGGCCUUCUGUGGAUAGUGAAGAGGGACAAAGUCCUGGUCUAGUUGAUGGAGCAAAACCAGGUGAAGGAGAACAAACAUCGGAUCACAGUGGAGAAGAAGGAAAAAAGAGAAAAGACUCAUCCGUGUCUUGGGAAGCUGUUUUGUGUAGAUCUGGAAGGAGGAGAAGCCGAAAGACCUCAGACUCUGAUGAUGAAAUGCCUCAGAAAGGUAACGAAGACAAAAAACUGGACAGUGAACCCAAAGAGGUUCCUCUAGGACCCUCUGACGAGGUGCAAGAGGUUCCGGCAUCAUCCCCCAAGCAGUCAUCUCCUGAGGGAGAGGAAGGGUCAACUUGGAAAUCGUUUAAAAAGCUUGUCACCCCCAAACGAAAAGUCAAAGAUGAGGAUGAAAGCAGCAGCGAAGCUCAAGAUGAUUCCUCCUUCUCCAUAAAGAAAAUCCUGCCAGGAAGAAAAGACAGAAGGUCUGCUGAAAAGCACGACCAGGUAUCGUCUGAUGAGGCUGAUAAGGAAGUCACUUCAGGAGAUGAAGACUCUGAGACACCUGCUGUGGUUCCACUGUCUGAAUUUGAUACAGCAGAGACAUCGGUUCAGACUCAGCUUCAGACAGACUCACUAAGCGUUACAGAGAAAGCAGAAGACGCGCUCCGAGAGGGUGUCCUUGAUAAGAAAACAGAGGAGGUCCUAGUUCAUGGCGGUGAAGCAAAGGAGAUCCCAGAGAGCAAAGAAACACAAGAACAUGAGGAACCAGAUGAGUGCUCAGACUCGAUCGGUAAUCAUCAGCAGCUGAGUGAUAUUCCAGAGGAGGGUGUGCUGACAGAACCCAGUCCAGCCUCGAUCGCUGAGGAAACCCGGAGAGACGAGACCAUCUCAGAGGACCUGAACGAGAUCACGUCCGAGGCCAUAACCGCUCCAGAGCCAGGAGACGCUGCGCAGGCAGACGAAACCGAGAUGAUUUCUGCUGUUUCCCAGUUAACGGACUCAUCAAAAACCUCUGGUGAUACAACACCCGUACCAGCGGAAUACGACGUCAUGGACACAGAGACAGUACUGCAGCAGGUUUCUCAGACCAUCUCCGUAAGAUCAGCAGAGGUCCCAGUGUGCUCAGAGGAACCAAGUCCAGAAAGAGUUGUUUUUUCUGUUUCACAUCAGAUACUGGAAUCAUCUGUAACGGACCAGCCAAAACUCCUAGAAAUCCACCGGCGAUCCGAAGCAACAGCCCUCAAAACGGGCUUAAACACUGAGGAGAUCGAUGCUGUCAAUGAGCAGCCUGCAACCGCCCAAACGGAGAACGUCUCUCAGCUCAGCAGAGCUCUCUCAAUAGAAAUUGUGUCGGAGAUUUCUACAGAGGAGUUCGACACUGCUGAGCCUGCUGCAGACGAGGUUUGUGAGGUCACCGUUUCAGAGUUACAGGAAAACCUCGAAGAAUCAGAAAUAAGUGAUGAGAGCCAACUAGUGGAGGAACAAGCAUCUACAGAUAAUGUACCCAAAGAAGAUGUGAUGGAGCCAAACGAGAAAGACACAGACCCCGAAGAAAACGACACGGUUAAACCCUCACAUGUGGCUGUUGAGGGAGGAGAAGUCCAAAUUCUCAUAAAAGAGGCCGGUGAGACCAUGCAGAAUGUUUCUGAGCAGGGUGAAGAACCACUUCCUGAGUUGAACAAGUUGGAAACACUGGCAGCAUCAGAAGUUAAAUCACUUAAACAACAAUCCUUAGAGGACGGAGAGGAGACGGAACAAACAGAAGAUCUCUCUAAAGUCACGGAUGAGCCAGGGAAGAAAGAUCCUGAAACAACUGGAGCUAAAUCUGACCAAAGUGAAGAAGAAUCGGAAGUUCUACAAGCUCCAACGUUGGACCCAGACGAGGGCGUAGACACAUCCACAAAUAAAGUGUUAGUCUUACAGAAUACUGCAUCCGAUGAUAAAAAUACAGAAGAAACCAAACAAGUUGAGUUUCUCAUGGAAAUACCUGAAAACAGAAAGCCAGAUGGAGCUACAACUGAAGAACCGGGACAUCUACUAGGUCCAACAUUAGAAACAAAGGAAGUAUCAGUCUCAGAAGAGAUUACAUCAGCUGAAAUAGUCACAGAUGCAACAAACCAGGUUGAGUUUCUCAGUACAAUCAGUGAUGAGUCAGAAACCAAUGAGCCAUUGAUGGAUGGAGCCAAACGUCAUCAAGAACAAGCUCCAGCACCAGAAUCACACAAGGAGGGAGAUUCUCCUUUUAAGGAGGAAGUAACAAUCUCAGAUGUUGAGUCUCUUACUAAAGGAACUGAUGAGUCAGAACCAGAUGGAGCUAAUGGUGGAGAUGUUGACGUCACAGAAGAACUAAAAGUUGUUCAGACACCAACACUUGAGUCCCAACAACACACACUUCAGUCUUUUGAGGAAGAAGAAUUACUCUCAGGAAGUGUUUCACCAGCUCAAGUGAAUACAGAUGAACACACACUGGUAGAGUCUCUCACUGAAGUAACCGAUGAGCCAGAUGGAGCUGUAGCUGAAGAAGAACCAGAUGUUCUCCAAGCUUCAUUAACAGAACCAGAGGAAGCUGUGGUUCCUAUAAAGACAGCUGAGAGAGUCACAGAUGAAAGUAUCCAGGUAGAGUCUCUCAGUAAAAUAACUGAGUCAGAAACCAAUCAGUCACUGGUGGAUGGAGAUGAAUCCGAGCACGUUGAAGGGACCAGAGAACUUAAAGCCCCAACAUCAGAGUUGGACGAGGAUGUUGCUCAGAUUAUCCAUGAAGAUGAAUCAUUCUCAGAGAGUGUUUCACCUGCUGAGGAUCAGAAACAGGUGGACUUUCUCACCGAAGGACCUGCUGAGCCAGAGUCCAAUGAGCCACUGACAGAUGGAGCCAAAACCGACAAAGAUGUUGUACAAGCUCCAACAUCAGAGCCUCAGGAGGAAGUUUCAUUCUCAGAAAGUGUUUCACCAGCUGAAGCACAGACAGGUGACCAGAAACAGGUGGACUCUCUAAGUGAUGUACCUGGUGAGCCAGAAACCAAUGAGCCACUGACAGAUGGCGAUGAAACCGAGCAUGCUGAGGAGACCAAGGAACGUACAGCCCCAACAAUAGAGUCUGAUGAAGAUGCUGCUCUAAUCCUUCAUGAAGACGUAUCAUUCUCAAAGAGCGUGUCACCAGCUGAGGUAGACACAGAUGAUCAGAAACAGGUGGACUCUCUCACUGAAGGACCUGCUGAGUCAGAAACCAAUGAGCCACUGACGGAUGAAGAUGAAACCGAGCGUGCUGAGACCAGAGAACUUAAAACAUCAGAGCCCCAGGAGGAAGUUUCCUUCUCAGAAUGCGUUUCACCAGCUGAAGCACAGACAGGUGAUCAGAAACAGGUAAAGACUCUAAAUAAAGUGCCUGGUGAGCCAGAAACCAACGAGCCACUAACGGAUGGAAUCAAAACCGACCAAGAAGUUGUAGAAGCACCAACUUCAGAAACACUCAAGGAUGGAGGUCAUCUUUUUAAGGAGGAAGUAAUGAUCUCAGAUGAAGAGUCUCUCAAAACAAGAACUGGAGAGCCAGAAAACACAGAACCAGAAGCAGGUGGAGCAAAAAUGGACCAAGACUUUGUACCAAUACCAACGUCAGAGUCCCAAGUAUCAGCGUCAGAAACUGUUUCACCAGCUCAAGUAGAUACAGAUGAACAGAAACUGGUAGAACCUCCCACCAAAGAAACGAAUGAGCAGAAAAACACAGAACCAGAAGCAGAUGGAGCUAAAAUGGACCUCACUGAAGAUAUGGCUGCAUCAGAAGCCACACGAACACCAUCAUUAGAGUCCCAGGUUGAUGCCGUUCAAAUGUUUAACAAAGUACAGUUUCUAGAAAGUGUUUCUCCGGCUGCAUCAGAUACAGGUGGACAGAAACAGGUGGACUCUCUCAGUGAAGAAACCAACGAGCCAGGAAACACAGGACCACCAGCAGAUGUUCCUGAGAGGGAGGAUUCCAAAGACACCAAACACUCUGUAGUCACAGGAGCUUCAGGAAUCCCACAAGACUCCACUUUACUGGAAAGUGGAGAUCAACCCCUGGAAAAGGAAGUAACAUCAGAGGUUGCGGUUCCACCAGAAGAUUUAGAAACCAAUGAGGAACCAGAAACUUUGACUAUAGAGAACAAUUCUAAAACAGAGAAGAUUCCAGAACCUGAAGCUGUAGCUCCUCAGUUAGCUUCAGAAGCAGGAAGUCCUGAAACACCUAAAGAGGAAAUCAAAUCUCCAUUAAUAGAAACAGUUACAGAUGAUCCUACACAAUCAACAGAAGUUAAAGCCAAGUCAGAAGCUUCAUUACUUCACGUUAAAGACAUCACCAAAACUGAUGUGGAGACAGCUCAGCCUCCAGCUGCACCAGAUGCUGAGGAAGGUCCGGCUCCAGAACCUGAAGGGCAAACUUUCCUCCCAGCUGUUCCUCAACGAGAAGAACAUAACGCUGUCACAGCUGGCUCAGAGCUGCAUCAAGCUUCAGAGACAAACAAGGACCAGGAAAUAGAAAGUCUUCCCUUUGACGCUCAGGCUGAGCAUGGCGAAGACCUCCCAGAAGGUGCAGAGGACUUACAAAGACUGACAGCAGUUCACGUGUCUUCUGUCAACGAGGAACCAGGAGAUGCUCCAGUCGUAGAAACAAUGAUGUGUCCUGAGAAAACCCCAGAACCUCGUCAGGAGAAGACAGAAGUUUCAGAUGAACCCACUCACGAGGUGAAUCUCUGUGAACUGCAGCAGACCGUAGGGCUGGAGCGAACGGGCAAACUUCUAGAUCAUGAGCUGAAGGUGGCAUCAACUGAUCAGGAUGACAUAACUCACGAAGUCACACACACUAUGAGAGAUGUCUCACUUCAGAAGUUUGUUCUGGUUCAAGAACCUCUGAUCAACAGAAUGGUGAGCGACACACAGGUCGAUGACGUGGUGGAGACUGCGACGCCGUUACAGAGAGAUGAUGUGGACGAGACAGCAGAGGAGAGCAGGGUGGUUGUGAUGCUGCACGUUCCUUUGGUGGAGAGCGAGGAGAACCCCAGAGUCCAGGUUCAAGUGGUGGAUGUUGAUAUCAGAUCAGUUGAGAAAUCCGUUGAAACAGCAAUCAAGAUUGGGGUUACAGAAGUCAAAGAGGUCAUAGAUGUUUGCCACGAAAGCAUUGAAGAAGUAGAGAACCUCUCAGCCACAGGUGACCUCAACGAAGACGGGAUUUAUGAGGAGAUAAAAGUGACGGUUCAAGAAAUUAUGGAACAUGUGAAGAAUGAGUCAUCAGAGAGAGAUGCUGGGUUCGCUGAGCUGGUUGUUGAUGUGACAGGAGGAGGUGAGAUGGAUGAAAAUGAAUCAAACAAGGAAGAAGAUCGGCCGAUCAGACGUGAGAUGGUGAUGGAAAGACAUGAGGAAGAGGCUGCUGUCAUCACUGAUCGUUCUAAAACUCACCAUCAAGGCUGCUCUGAAGAUCACAAACAAACAUCCAGAACCAAAGAGCGUUUGGCUCUCUCCAGCUACGAUUAUGAAGAUGAAAUUAAAGAAACCAAAGCUGAAGUAGGAGAUGUAGCAGAAGAAACUCAAGGACCUCAGACAACCCAAAGCCAGAUAGCUACAUGUAGCAGCAUUGGAUUAGCAACCUCCCAGAACGCAGGAGUGAUCUCAUCCACCGCUAACGUAGAGUCUCCGUCUAGCCUCUCCUUAGAAUUCAAACUGAACAUCCAGUUUGGACAAGCAAAGGUGCAAACACACACGGAAACUUCCGAAGCUGCUGUUCAGGCAGCAGAAUCCGUAGAACCAGAACCACAAAGAGAGGCAACACAAACAUCUGAGAAACGGACAGAGCAGAACGAAGUCACUCGGGCAAUGGAAAUGACAGAACCAGCAGCUCAUUUACGAUCAACACAAAGAGCAGUGAUAGCAAGUCGGCCAGUGCUACAGACUACUGCUGCCCAAGCGGUGGGAGCAGCAGAACCAGAACUUAUCCAGUCGACAGAAGGAGAAAGCCUAGAGCUUCCAGCUGCAGAGCAAACACAGGAGAUCCUCAGCGAGACAAGAGCAAAGCAACCUUUGGAGUCAACAGAGGAGAACGAUCAGGAUGUGUGGCUGGACGCUGAGGAGGACAUUUACAGACAAGAGGAAACAUUGGGCUCCACAAACAUGGUGGACAAACCCGCUGAGGCUGAAGGUGCGCUACAACAAGCAGAACCUGAACCAGAAACGGUGCGCGAGCCCGAGACAGAGGACAAAGAAAGCCAACGAGAUCCACAAAGACCCAAAGGAAGCGGUGACGAGAGUGAAGGGGACGAUUUUGCUGUUGCACUCGAGGACCUGGAAACCAGCUCCUCUGUGGACUGGGACUAAUACAACCCAGUCCAGGUGGACGUCAGAGGUAAAUCUGUAGAGCAGUAGCGGAGUCAUAAAUCAGCCAAUCACUGAUCACGUCAAUGUCUUUGUCUUCAUAGGUGGGACAAACAGAGAGAGGACAUGUCUUCAUCUGGAACCAUGUUAUUUCAGCGUAACUCAAACUAUUCUAAUAUGUGAAUGUUUAAAGUUUAUGAUUAAGAGUGGAGAUAAACAGGAAGUGAUGCCAUCUGAGGCAAGAGGGACUUUUAACCACGAUGACCCUGAAAAAGCCUGUCAGUGAAACCUGACUUAGGCAACUAAUCACUUUCAGUAGCUUCACUUUAACUUUUCAGUGUUUUACUGUAAAACAAAACCAAAUAAGAACUUUUUUACCUGAUCUCAAAGCUUUAGUAAUCCCAGACACAGCCCGUAUUAUCUUUUUCUAGUGUUUGUAGAUAUGUAACAGCUACGCAUCACACGUGUCGUUACUCAGCAUUUAUUACAUUUUAUGACUUGUGGAUAAAGAACAAUAAAAACAGGGAGAUCAGAACGUGAUAAAGUGUUUUACUCCUUCAACGAGUUGAUCGGUUUCUACUCUUUACACUUUUGAAAAUAAGGGCUUUUUAAGACCUGCAUGCUGCAGCAAACUAGACAAUGUGUCUGAUGUUUUAAUGAACUUUAAAUAUUUACAAUAUGCAAAAGCCUUAAUCAGAAAAAGCCUUAAAUAAAUACUCAAGCUUGUUUUUCUUCCUGUUUCUGUUCAGAUCUUAGAAUCUAAUGAGAUAUAAAAUCAUGAAUCCAGCUGCUGUUGGAGUCUUAAUAAAUAAACAUUGUUGUAUUUGAA